CUAACGUUUCACUUCGUACGCUGGCCAGCACCGGUGCCAAAAGCUGUCUCCGUGCUCGCGCGACCGCUCCAUUCCACAAAGACCGUCGGGGCUGCCAGGUCGAGUGUUUCGAGCCCGUGUCUUGUUUCCUGAGCCCUUCUCCCAUCCACGCGCAGCAGCAGCCAUCCUGGCACCCCGCCCGCCCGCCGCCGCAAUAAAGACACCCGAUACGCCCUUUUCCCCCCUCGAGUGCACAAAGACGACGCCAGUCCACAACCGCCUACAUAUACACACCCUCCCACCCUAACCGCACUCACCCACCACACUACACACCCGUCAUCCUACCACGCGUACCGUCCCCACCAUGCAUAUAUGAGAUAGAGUAGUAGAUAGCGCAACACGACCGAACCGCCGACCGACCGACUUGCUAAUUACCACCCCACGUACCACUGCUUCUCGACCCCCUCCACGACACGCUAUGGCCAUGCUCGCCUCAAAGGCCCCGUACCCAGCGCCUUCCGUCAGCGGAGGUGCUUCUCAGUCUUCGGCCCAGUAUAACGCUAGCCUCAACACCUACCGGACGCAUGCCUCCGCCACCCGCGCCGACCAAAGCAUGUUUGCCUCGCCUACUGAGUCUGAGUUUUCUGAAAUCUACGAUGCUCCCGAUGCCAUCAAACAUUGGGACGAGGACAAGGUUGGUGACUGGCUAAAGCGCAUCAACUGUGCCCAGUAUGUCGAGCUUUUCAAGCUCAACCACAUCAAUGGCGAGAACUUGAUGGAGAUGGACCAGACCCAUCUCAAGGACAUGGGCAUCAAGAAAGUCGGCGACCGCGUUCGCAUCGGCUCACAAGCAAAGCAGCUUCGCAACAAGGAGUACAAGAAGGCUUCUCGACGCACCUCCAACAGGCAAUCGCUCGCUACCCUGGACAAUGCCGCAUACACACCUCCCUCAUCCGGCUCUCCGCGUCCUCUGCACUCGGCACGAUCAAAUCCCCCUUUGUCCAACCCCAUAAGUUCACGGACGGAGAAGCGCAUGUCAAGGCAAAUCACGAACUCGGACCUCAGCAGCUACGCAUACGGCUCAAAGUCGCCCUCCCGUCCCGGUUCUCCUCUUGUUGACCAAGAGACGCGUAACCUGCGGGCACAACGCCAGGGGGGCCUGAACAGCCCCAAGGAAGGAGGCAACAAGACAUACGGCGCCCAUCCCCUCAGUGCUUCGAGCAGCUCUGUCAACAUAGCUCCCCCGCUCGUACGGAACCAAAGGAGUACACCUACAGAGACACCCCAAACGGCUCGCUUCGCCCAUCAUGUUCGAGCAAGCCCCAGCAUGGACAGCGCUACCAACAGCGCCAUCCUGCCCCACGACAAGGCUCUCGUGCGUGUCAUCUACGAUGGUGGACGCACUUCAGUUGUCAACAUCGAAGGCUGCAAAACUGCCGACGAGGUCAUGCUCAAGACACUAACAAAAGGACAUCUUAACACGGCACACGUCAAGAACUACUGCUUCUACAUUCUCAACAGCUCCGAUCCCGACCCGUCCCUAUCGGAGCGCUUGAGCGAUAUCGAGCUUUUCAGACUGGUAAAGGACGCAAACCGACACGAACGCGGCCGGUUAAUUCUCCGCAAGGUCCACGCAGGCGAGCCUGAUGAGGAUCAACUCAAGGCUGCUGCUGGCAUCUACCAACAACAAAACUACCAACAACCACACGGCGUCUACGUACCCGCCAGCAACCGCAGUCAAAACAAGAUUGAAAAGCUGACAGGCGAAUCCCUUGCCGCUGUUAGCUACCCUCUAUCACCGACUUCGGCCAGAGAACGAGAACGCCAUAUCAACUCGACAGCUCAGAACCUCGAAGGGCCUGCCGAGGCCUCGCGGUCACCUUACUUCCAAGCACGCGCGCGCAAGCUCAAGCAGUUCUACGGUGCUCGCCCACCCAGCGAGCUCAUUACUUCCGACCUUACUUCUUACUUUCCUGAUGUCGGUAAAGACGAGAUCGACAAGACCGUUCGCAUGUCGAUACGCCGAUCACAUCGCCUCAGCCGGGCGGCAUCCCGACUAUCGAUGGCGUCUAAUUUUAGCGUUGCCUCUAGCUUGAAAGACGCUCCACCACUGCCGUCCAUCGCCGACAGCUGGCUCCAAGGAGGCGCACAGGCCCGCCCCCUUCGACCCUUAUCCGUCAUGCGCCUCGGAUUGCCUCAUCAAAGUGGGUACCGAGACUCCUUGGCGUCUUCUGUCCUCGAGCCACUCGACGAAGAGUCGCCUCUGGAACCAAAUCGCAAGUCUUAUGUAUCGUUUGGCGGCGACAGUGUCGCAGACAGCUUAGCUAUUACCGACCCGGAUGGCAACACAACCCUUCAAUCUUACUUUGACGAUGCCGGCAGCAGUCUUGCCGGCAGCAGCAGUAGCAACACGGAAAAUGGUGACUCGCUCAACAAACGCCUGUCGGAAGCCCUGGCCGAAGAUGGCGAAGAGUCCGACGACGAACUGGCAGAGUACCUGGAGCAAGACUCUUGGGAUAACGUCAAGUACAUGAAGGGUGCCCUCAUCGGACAAGGUUCCUUUGGAAGUGUAUAUCUUGCACUGCACGCCGUUACCGGUGAGCUCAUGGCUGUUAAGCAGGUUGAGCUUCCAUCUGUAGCUGGUGCUUCUCAGAUGGAUCACAAGAAGACGAACAUGGUCGAAGCUCUGAAACACGAGAUUGGCCUUCUUCGCGAGCUCAAGCACAAGAACAUUGUGCAAUACCUGGGUUCCAACUCGGACGACAGCCAUCUCAACAUUUUCCUCGAAUACGUCCCUGGUGGCUCUGUAGCAACCAUGCUAAUCAACUAUGGUCCUCUUGGCGAGUCUCUUAUCCAAAACUUUGUUCGCCAGAUUCUCACUGGUCUUUCUUACCUUCACUCACGGGAUAUUAUUCACCGAGACAUCAAGGGUGCCAACAUUCUCGUUGACAACAAGGGCUCCGUCAAGAUUUCGGAUUUCGGUAUUUCCAAGCGUAUCGAGGCCUCCACCUUGGGCGGUGGAAAGAAGGGAGCUCAGCGCGUUUCGCUUCAAGGCUCUGUCUUCUGGAUGGCCCCUGAGGUUGUUCGACAGACGGCGUACACCCGCAAGGCCGACAUUUGGUCACUUGGCUGCUUAGUUGUGGAGAUGUUUACUGGAAGUCAUCCCCAUCCCAACUGCACGCAGUUGCAAGCCAUCUUCAAGAUUGGUGGAAGCGGCGAUGCCAGCCCAACCAUUCCUGAUAACGCCGGCGAGGAUGCUAGGAGGUUCCUAGCCGACACUUUCCUCAUAGACCACGAGAAGCGUCCCAGUGCAGACGAUCUUCUUGCCAGCUCCUUCAUUACCAACCAAGUGGCGUAAACUUUUCAAACAUGGCGCAAACACUCAUUUCUAGCACGGGAAAAAAGUUGCAUCAUUUUUUUCAUGGUGCAAGGUGUUUGGCAGUCUUUCUUUCGUUCAUUAUUACCCAUUUCCAGCCUUACAUCUUUUACUUUCUAACGCCCUAUAACGCUUCUAUGCGCGAGAUGAUUCUGUACUAUACCACUUUUAAAAGAUGCUUAUUCUUCCUUUAAUACAUGGAAAGAAGGAGUUUGAUCCAAUUGGGCAUAUUCUAUAUGCUGGCUAGCUUAGCUUUUAAUGGAAUCAUUAGACAGUGUCAGUGGGUUUUGGUUUUCCAAACAAAAGACUGUCUGUAGGAUGUUUUAUAUCUGAACUUUAUCCCUCUG